AUGACAUAGGCUAGCAAUCUCUACGGAACCAACUAGGGCGGAGGUGGUAUGAACGACGUUGGAUAGCGAAGGCCACUAGCCAUGUAAAAACGAUAGAAUCAAAACUAUCAGAAAUACAUGGACAAAAUGAAUGAAGCUCUUAAUAAAAAUAUUGAGAAAAACAUUUUCCCAUACUGGAGAAAUCAUCAAUCACUUAAAGGUUGGUGCUCAAUGAAUUAUCCAUCCAUCUUGACUAAUCCAACGAUAAGAAGACCACAGCCUCAGCCUGACUACGAGAAAUACAAAUUUUCAAACUAAGAGAGACCAAUAUCAGCUCCAAACAUCAAAGUAUAACGUCCAUUUUCCACGAAGACAUUUGGGGGCUAAUUUUUCCAAUCCAAGGGCCUCCUGCAUGGAAAUUAAUCAAUAGAUAAAAUAAGCUAUCUAGGCAGUAUUCAUUCAGGUAAUGGUGGAUUGUAACUAGGUUAAAAUCUUCACGCAGGCAGAAGUGUAGCUAACUUAUCUUAAGUUGAAGGUUCAGCUAUAGGCACAGUCGAGAAGAUUGUUGCUUCUUUACCACAACCUAAGAGACCAGGUACUACUAAGUAACCAGCUAAGAAAGAAGGAGAGGGUGGAGUUACCAUGACAGAUAAAAAGUAAACAACUAUGAGUGCAUUGUAAGUUAUUCCUGAGAAGAAAAUUCCCUAAAAUGAAACGAAUGAAUCUGCUUUGAAAUAAACAACAUCUUGGGCAAACUACUAGCAAAUUUAAAAGAAACUGUCUGUAGGAACAGUAACCACUACUAAAUAUCAGGAAAGAACAUAGAUUUUCGAUUAGCUAAAUGAUAAAGCAAGAGAAUAUUCCUCAAUACUUCCUUAGUAAAAUUACUUCGGACAGACACCUGAUCCAAUGAAAGAUCCAUAUAACAGAAGAAAAGUAAAGUAAUUAAAUGAUAUCAGUUUUGAAGAGUCAGAGGAUGAAGAUGAAUUUGAAGAUGUUAAAAAUCUCAAAAGACUACCGAGAACUGUUAUUACAGAAGAGAGCUUGAAGCAAUAUCUAGGAUCUGAAACUGAAAAGGUCAAUUUAGAGCAUCAUUAUUGGCUUAAAGAUAAUUUUAUUGAUAAAAUUGGUAGAAUGGCUCCUAAUUUAAGAGAACUUUGCAUUAGAAGAUUAAAAAUAUCAAACAGAGCUUUCUCUGAAAUAGUCAUGAAUCUAAGAAAACUAGAAAAUAUUGAUAUUUCAGAUUGCCCUAAUAUACAUUACUCAGGGAUGCAUAUUCUUCUAGAUAAUAAUAAAUGCUUAAAGUAGAUUCAAACAUCAAAUAAUCCUAUGGCAAUUAAUGAUGAUGUAGUCGCUAAGAUUGCUGGCUAUGAGAAUUUAACAUUCUUGGAUAUUUGUCAUGCAACCAAUGUUACUGAUCAUGGUUUGUUAGGAUUUAGAGAUAAAAUCCUCCCGAUAUCUCAACUUUUUAUUAGUGGCUUAAUUUCUGCAACCUCAGUAGGCAUCAAUGAUAUAAUAAACUGCUGCAAAGAAACUCUCAAGAUCUUAGAAGCUGCUUUAAUGAAUCAGGACUCACUUUAGGGAGCAUUUUGUUAAAGUCUAGCUUUUGCAUUUCAUCUUGAAGAACUCGAUUUGACUGGAGAUAUUAAUAUUGGAGACGAAAGUAUAGCCUAACUUGCCAAGGGUGAUAUUAAAUUGGAAAGUGGCUAAUCCUAGGUUAUUGGACUGCAAAAGCUAAAGAUUCUAAAGUUCUCUGGUAUCGCUAGGCUUAGUGAUCAUACUCUCAUUAAAGUUUGCAAUAACUCUCACGUCUUAGAGCAUAUUGAACUCACUAAGUGUGAGGGUUUGACUGAAUACUCUAUUGACCAUAUCAUUAAAAAUACAACCACACUCAAAUUCAUAGAUUUGAACAACAUUCCAGCUAUUACUCCCUAGGUCCUAGAAUAAUUAAAAUAAAUUAAGCCAGAUUUACUCAUUAGAAGAUAUCUAUAUCAAGUUGUAGAUCCUAAGGAUAACUAACUCAGAGUACCAAGGAGACUUGCUGGAGACAAAAAGAAAAAGAAGAAGAAGGGAGGUGGCAAGAAAAAGAAGAAGUGA